AUGAAUGAGUGGUUCUUCUCCGUCGACCGGGACGACGACGACGGCCUGAUGGGCCUGAUGGGCCUCCUCUCGCCCCCGCCCGCGGUGGUGCACCAGGGCAGCGCCUUCGCGCCGUACCAGCGGCGUAGUACGGCGACGUCGUCGUUGCUCGUGUCCCCGGGCCGGCGGCAGCGCGCGCGGGGCAGAGCCAACGUCCACCGGAGCAUGGACGAGUACUUGAGGCGCAUGAAUGGCCUUGAGUCAUCUCCCCAGGGGACAUCUUCGAAUGAGCCGAUCGAGCCGCAGGUGCCGCGCAGCUCGGCGUUCCGGCACAUCACGCGGGAGCGGCUGCGGCGGGAGCGCCUCAGCCAGGGCUACGCCGACAUCCACGCCCUCCUGCCCCCGGGACGGGCAUCAAACGGUGCCAAGAACUGCCUCCUCGCCGCGGCGGUCGACUACAUCAGGGAGCUGGAGGGGAGGAAGGGCCGGCUUGACGCGCGGAAUGCAGAGCUGGUGAGAUCGUCAGAAUCAGACGGCGCGUCCGGCGGCGGCGUGGUGGUCAAGGUGCGCGGCGAGGGCGGGUAUUCUUCUAUGGCUGGCGUGCUUGAGGCGGUGCUCCGGCGGCUCAAAGCCAUGGAGGAGCAGCGGGUGACGGCGAUCCGGUCGUGGUGCUGUGACGGCGCCAUGUGCAUGGACGUCGCGGUCGCGGUGGAGUCCAAGGUAUCUUCGUUUGAGGCAGACAUGCGAAUAACAAAUGCCUUGAUGGACCUUGAGGAAAUCAAAUCCUGCCGCUCGCAGGAUCCAAUGAAGCGUACCUCCAACUUUAGUUGUCAAGUUGUAAGUGGUGAACUGAUGAGUUGA